UUCUGAAUAGUACAUCCCUAUCCUCAUCAUGUUCAACCUUCGACGAGUGCUCGCCGGCAUCCUGCUGCUGGUGGGCGUAGUCGUCAUCUGCUUCUCGCAGACGACUGAGGCUGCCAAGGGCCCCAAAAUCACCCACAAGGUCUACUUCGACAUCACGCACGGCGAUGAGCCCCUCGGUCGCAUUGUCAUGGGUCUCUACGGCAAGACCGUCCCUAAGACUGCUGAGAACUUCCGAGCUUUGGCUACUGGCGAGAAAGGCUUUGGUUAUGAAGGUUCAACCUUCCACCGAGUCAUCCAGCAGUUCAUGAUCCAGGGAGGUGACUUCACCAAGGGCGAUGGCACUGGUGGCAAGUCGAUCUACGGCGACAAGUUCCCUGACGAGAACUUCAAGCUAAAGCACUUCAAGAAGGGCAUGCUGUCCAUGGCCAAUGCCGGCAAGGAUACCAACGGCUCUCAAUUCUUCAUCACUGUCGCUAUUACCUCGUGGCUCGAUGGACGCCACGUAGUAUUUGGCGAGGUUCUUGAGGGCAUGGACGUUGUCACAUUGAUUGAGAACGUCAAGACCAAGCCUGGUGACAAGCCUGAGAAGGUGGUCAAGAUUGUCAAGAGCGGAGAGCUUCCGGUGCCGCCUGAAGGUUCCAACGACCACAACGGAGACUCAGAAUGGUCUGCAGGAUCUAUCGACGAAGAGAAGAACCCAUUUGUGGAUACUGCCGCCUCUUCAGCUGGGUGGUCUGUCCUCCAAAAGGCUCUCCUUUUCAGUGUUAUCCUAGCCGCUAUCGGAUUCUACAUCCGCCUGUCAAAGCGUAGAGGCGACAUGGACGACGUAGCGUACCACAAGACGAUGGCUUAGAAUUCCGAUGUUUAUAGUUUCAGAUUGAAUGGAAUACAAGAUGUGUUUGACCACCUACUAGCAUAAAUCAGUUAAUUGGCCUCAAGUAAAUGUGUUGGGUUUAUUGUUGCCGUUAAAAUCAUCACGUGUGACUUGUAUAAUAAGAAGAGAAAAAAACGUGUUAAAACUCGAA